UUUUAUGUGGACACUUUUGGCUACGAGCUAGAUUAAUAUUAAACGUUGAAAUGAGUAGCUGAAGGUUACGCGGGAAAAGAGGGGUGCACAGUUAUGUCAAGUGACGUAUCGGCUCCAUCUGUUCUGGAAGUGGUUUCUGUUGUAGGUAAAGCUGUUUGCGCAGGCGCGGCAUUGACAGCCGCUCUCUACUUGAUCCGCAGAGUGUGUUUAAUAAUGGCCUGGAAAUCAGGAGGAGCUAGCCAAGCAGAGCUCGUCAACAACCUUCGCAAAAAUGGAAUAAUCAAGUCAGAUAAGGUCUAUGAAGUCAUGCUGGCCACAGACCGGGCUCACUUCUCGCGCUGCAACCCCUACAUGGACUCACCACAGUCUAUAGGCUACCAAGCGACCAUCAGUGCUCCACAUAUGCACGCCUACGCACUGGAGCUGCUUCACGAUCAGCUGUACGAUGGGGCGAAGGCUUUAGACGUGGGAUCCGGGAGUGGGAUCCUUUCUGUUUGUUUCGCACGAAUGGUCGGCCCGAAAGGGAAGGUCAUAGGAAUUGAUCAUAUCAAGGAACUAGUGGACGACUCUGUAAAUAAUGUAAAGAAAGAUGAUCCCAGUUUGAUAUCUUCAGGCAGAGUGACGCUGAUCGUGGGGGAUGGCAGAAUGGGUCACGAGGCAGAGGCACCCUACGAUGCCAUCCAUGUUGGGGCAGCGGCACCUACAGUGCCACAAGCACUCCUGGAUCAGCUGAAGCCUGGCGGACGGCUCAUCCUGCCCGUGGGUCCAGCCGGGGGCAACCAGAUGCUGGAGCAGUACGACAAGAUGGAGGACGGCAGCACCAAAAUGAAGCCCCUGAUGGGGGUGAUUUACGUGCCUUUAACAGACAAAGACAAGCAGUGGUCCAGGUGGAAGUGACUUCCUACUCCCCCUCCCCCCUCCCUUCUCCCCCUCUGGCACAGGGAUGAACUCUGAAUCAUCAGACCGGCUAUAUCCAACAUUUCACUCUGAACUGGGGUGGGGGGAGUUUGGACUGGCCCCAAGCCAUUGGAUUUCAAACUAAAAGCUUCAUUCUAAAGCAAAAAGGAAAGAACAAACGGCACACACCCCAGCAUUGCAGUUGUAAUUCAGUUUUUUUUUUCUCUCUCCAGUUGUGGAAGAGGGUUAUAAAGUGAGGUAAUCCCUCUUGUAGGUGUAUGGACUAUGAGUUAUUUAAUGUAUACUACAUAUAAGGGGGUUAUCUUUUUUUUUUUUGUUCAUUUCCUCAAGUUUUCCUUUUGAAAAAGGCAGUUUUGGUGAUACAUUCAGUAUUGGAAGCCUUUUUUGUUUUCUUUUUAUUCUCCUUUUCCCACGCAUUUCAGCUGCGAAGGAACUGAGUGCGGAAGAAUAGGAACCUCCUCUGAGCUCUGCCGUUUGGCUUUAAACUGCCCACGGUGGAGAGUAUAACAAAAUCACUUCACAGUAGCUGCCGUGUGUGCGACGUGCUGGUCGGUGUAGAUAAAUGAAUCGCUCUUUGACGCUAACAUACCUUUGACGCUUCCUCCUCCGCUAACUGUAAGGAGAGCCACACAGCGCCUGCAGUUCCACAGCGGCUAAAUUCCAUCCCCAUGUGUAGUUGUUUGAUAUGCAGCACUAAACACAAAGUGGCAUUGUCGAUGUCCCUAGUCUUGGCACAGUGGAACAUGUGAGUGGACUUUCCCCCCCCCCCUUCUUUUCGCUCUUCUGUUUCACUCCUCCCAUUCAGCCUGGAACUGGCUUUUCUACACAAACACCAAUGAAAAAAACGUGCACAUUAACAAAUGAACUGGGCUGAGCUUUGAUUUUUCUCCUCCGACACAGUUGUAUUGCCCGCUGACUCUUUGUUUUCCCUGACAACGUUGUAUGCUGGCCCCACUUGUGGUGACUUCCACAAAAAAAAGAAUGGCUUUGCUAAAAUAAACCUCGACGCAAAGCACAUGAAUGUCUUGCCAUUUUCUUUCUGUCAACAUGGUUUACCCAUGACUGUAAUUUUUAUUUUUAUUUUUAUUUUUUUGGAAUGGCACACUAAAUAAAAUACAGCUUAAAAAACUU